CGAGAACCCUAAUCUUUUUCAUCUCCUCAGCUCCUCUUCCCUUUCCCAUUGGAUCGAUCAGGAAGGCAGAAGCAGAUCUGGAGUUGCCGUCUUCUGUUCUUCAGCCAACUGCUUCCGCUACGCGCCCUACGAUGACCAUGAACCGAAGCCCCGCAUCUCUCGGUGGAUCCCCAGCUGCCAAGGUCCCAGGAGAGACGAAGACGAGGGCGGACUCUACACCGAGCAGGAAACGGUCGAGAUCUGAUUGCGCCAGCGAGAGCCCGAUCAAGGAUCAGCAGCCGGCUAAACGGAGAUCCCCGCGCAGAUGCAACGGUGAUCGAGAAGAAAACUGCAUAGGAAAACACAACGGGUCUCUUGCCAACGGAAAGCAAUUAGGUUCGCCUAAAUCACCCAGGAAAAGACUCUUUGGUCCUUCUAACCAGAAGCCAAAGUGGAAUCCGAGAGACCCUGCGCAGAUGCAAGCAGCAAAGCAAGCACUGCAUUUGGCAACACCACCAGCCAAUGUGGUCUGCCGUGAAGUGGAGCAGAAAAGGGUCAUUGAUUUUUGCAAAGCCUGCAUUCAACAAAGUAAAGCUGGCAGCCUUUAUGUAUGCGGAUGUCCAGGAACUGGAAAAACAUUGUCAAUUGGCAAGGUGCAAGAGCAUCUGCUUGUGUGGUCUAAAGAGGAGGGAAUUCAGUCACCAGAUAUUUUGACCAUUAACUGCACUUCUCUAACUAGCACGACUGAAAUUUUCAGCAAGAUGCUUGUGAAGUUCAGACCAACCAGCAAGAUAAAAAAUUUCUCACCUCUCCAGCAUCUCCAGAAGAUAUUUUCUCAAAAAGGGCAAUCAUCUGGAAGAAUGAUGUUGAUAGUCGCUGAUGAGAUGGAUUAUCUUAUAACUAAAGAUAGCUCUGUUCUUCAUGAUCUUUUCAUGCUUACAACUUUACCUUUCUCUCGAUGCAUACUUAUAGGCAUAGCAAAUGCAAUAGACUUGGCAGAUCGCUUUCUACCAAAACUUGAAUCAUUAAACUGCAAGCCUGUUGUCAUCACUUUCCGUGCUUAUUCUAAAGAUCAGAUACUCAAGAUUCUUCAGCAGAGACUUAUGGUUCUUGGGUGUGAUGUCUUCCAAUCUGCAGCACUAGAAUUUUGUGCAAGAAAAGUAGCAGCAGCAUCUGGAGAUAUUAGAAGAGCAUUUGAUAUUUGCAGGAGUGCCAUUGAGGUGCUUGAAGCAGAGUUAAGAGAUCCCACUGAAAAGAAGGAAACUGAAAUUGUGUCGUUUGAUCAUAUGGAUAUUGCUAUAUCAAAGUCUUGCAAGUCACCGUUGGUAAAUAUCAUACGGUCUCUUCCACAACAUCAACAGGUAAUAUUGUGCUCUUUGGUCAGACUUUUUCGACAGCGCAAGAAUUCUACUGCUCUUGGAGAGAUCAACAGAUCGUAUUUAGAUAUUUGCAAAUCUACCCAAAUUCGUCCAAUUGGAAUGACUGAAUUUGCUGACAUGUGCAGAGCGCUAGCUGAUCAGGGGCUUCUCGAGCUUGGAAACUCUAGGAAAGACAGGUCGAAGAAGAUAAAGUUAAAAGUUGAUGUCUCAGACAUCACUUUUGCUUUCAAGGGUAUUCGGUUUUUCCAAAAUUGCCUGGAGUGAUGACUGAUCCUCUAUUUAUCAAGUUUGAAUUCUUUUAUCCUCUCGGAUUGGAAACCUAAUUGUGCUCCAUCUGAAAAUUCAUCUGCUGGUGGCUAUUUUUUCUCCUGCACCUCAAAUUUCAAAAUGUGUUAUCUUACAAAUAACGACGGAAGAAAGCAGACGGUGUACUUCGACUUACAAUUAAUUGCAUAUAUAUAUACCUAGUUCAUGUUUCUUAUCCUGAGACUUCAAAGAAAGCCUCGUGGUAGAUGCUCGAAGAAAAUGCUGGCUUCAGAAUAUACUUUGGACGAUAGUCUAGCUGACCUCUUGUUGCCUCAAAAAACGAGUUUUAGCUGGUCAACUGUGGACCAUUUGUAGAACUAUUAUGAGUGCCUUUUGCUCUAGCAGUGUGUUGCUGAACUUAUGUUUACUGACAUCGAUCAAAUUAUAUUCAAUGGGUUUUUUGUUUCUGCACAAUAUUUUUUAGAUUGCUAAGUUCAAAUGUACAAGACUUUUGUCAAUG